CAUAUUUCUUUUUCUUUCCUCCAUCCCCAAGAUUUUGGGCGGAGUAAAAGUUUUUGGGAUAAUUUCUUAGGUUUGUGGGCCCUGGCUAAUCCUAAUGAGGUCGGUAAUCUUUGCCGUCCCAUAAGGAUCUUAAUAUGAAUUAUUUAUUAACGAAGUUGUUUUCAAUUGAUAAGGUCAAAAGAUUUACUUUUUUAAGAGUAUUCAAUUGAUGGGAAAACUGGAAAUUUAUCAUUAUUGAUUGCUAAGUAUUAUUUACAGCUCAUUACUUCAGGAGUGUUAGAAUUUAUUGGAAUCCCGUUGCACUUCGUAUUGUUUAUUAGGCGGGGUGUUAAUUUACACUGAUAAUUCUGUAGUUGGUAGCAUAUUCAUUCUUCCUAAUUUGUUUUUGUUAUUUGCACUGAUGUGGGUUGUGCCGGGGGCAUGUAUUUGGCUGUGGGAAAUUGGCGAGAAGGGCCAUUGAUAAUGGAAUUAAUAAUAUACUUAAAGUUAGGCAGAGGCUGGUGACAUAAUAAUUUGGGUCGAACCUUGCCCCUUCAAUUAUAUUAAUAUAUAUUGCACUGAAGUAUUUUAUUCUCCCAGCUAAUCAAUUUAUCCCAUGCCAAGAAGCUGCUAUCUAGUAUAUCUUUUAUACUAUAUGAAAAGCAUUCAUGAACUUGUAAUGUAGAUGUGCCUUUUGAUCGUGUCGUGUGAUUUGAGAUAUUCUUUCAACUUUUUACUUUUUUCCUCUUAUUCUCUGUUCAUCCCUUCUUUUUCUUCCAAUUAACUAUACUUUUUGAAACUUUCUAAAGAGAGACCAGAGGGCAGUACUCAAGUAGAGAACAAAAAGAAAUUCCAAUUGCCUUUAGCUCCCUCGAUUCAACAGUUAAAAUGGAUUCUGUAAAUCGGUCUGCUGUGACCCCGAGUAAGAGCAAAUUGGCUCGCACUUUUGCUAAGGUCCUGCACAUUAGAGCUCUGACAGGAGGAACUCAGAAGCACAAAUUCACUGAAAAUGUCAAGGAUGAUGCAGUAAAGAAUGAUGUAGCGAAGAGCGAGCUACUCAAGAAAGCACAGUUCAAAUCCUUUGAUGAUGAAGAUGAAAAGCUGAGACAGAAAGCAGCUACAGAAGCUUUUCUUGCCAAGCUGUUUGCAAACAUCUCAGCUGUUAAAGCGGCAUAUGCCCAAUUGCAGUUUGCUCAGUCUCCGUAUAACCCUGAUGGGAUUCAAUGUGCUGAUGAGUUGGUGGUAUCCGAGCUGAAAAACUUGUCUGAAUUGAAACAGUGCUUUGUGAAGAAGCAGUUGGAUGAGUAUUCCCCAGAAACCACUCAGAUUUUGGCUGAAAUUCAGGAGCAGAAAAGCGUUUUAAAGACGUAUGAUAUCAUGGGAAAGAAGUUGGAUUCACAGCUCAAACUCAAGGAAUCAGAAAUUAUGUUUCUCAGAGAGACAUUGAUCGAGGCUAAUAAAGAAAACAAGCUGCUUGAGAAAAGGUUGAACUCCAGUGGACCGGUGUCUGCUCUGGACAAUCUUCACUUUUCAAGCUUGAGCCCUAGCCAUUUUAUCAUGUUCCUCCGGCAGACAAUUAGGUCGAUUCGAAGUUUUGUUAGGUUGCUCAGCAAGGAGAUGUUAGCUGCUGGGUGGAACUUAGAUGCUGCGGCCAGUUCCAUCGAACCCGAUAUAGAGUUCCUGAAAGCAAAUGACAUAUGUUAUGCUUUUGAAUCAUUCGUUUGCCGGGAGAUGUUUGAUGGUUUCAAUUAUCCUAACUUUUCAAUCUCAACUGAGCCCCUGCCCGAGCAAAAGAAGAGGCCAAGGUUGUUUUUCGACAGAUUCAUGGAGCUAAGAUCUGUUAAACCAGCAGAUUACUUAGCUUGGAAACCCAAAUCAACAUUUGCAAGAUUCUGUCGUGCUAAGUACUUGAAACUAAUCCACCCCAAGAUUGAAGAGUCCAUUUUUGGCAACGUGAAUCAAAGAAACAUACUCAAUUCGGCUGAGUAUCCGGAGUCAACAUUCUUCUCGACAUUUAGUGAAAUGGCCAAGCGCAUUUGGUUGCUACACUGUCUGGCUUUCUCCUUCGAUCCCGUAGCUGCAGUCUUUCAAGUUAGCAGAGGGUGUCGGUUUUCGGAUGUUUACAUGGAGAGUGUGAACGAAGAGGCAUUCUUGUCAUGGGACGGAUCACCUGAAACUGAACCGACUGUAGGUUUCACGGUGGUUCCAGGGUUCAAGAUUGGUAAAACUGUUGUUCAGUGUCAAGUUUACCUAUGUUGACUAAGAGAUGCAAAUGAACCGUAGAUGGUGAAUUUAGGAGCAUCAGAUUGGUUAGCAAUGGACCCACAACAUUAAGGACUGAACUGGAGGGAACAACUUUCAUAUUGUUUUUUUAAUGCUGUGAAUGGGAGGGGGGAAUCAGCAUGGCAAGGCAUGGCUUUUCAAUAAAGGCGGGGUCGAAAUAUGUCUUAAUAUUGAAAUGGGAAAGCGCGUUGACGGUUUGUCUGUGGGAACUUGUAAUAGCGUACCAAACAUUGUCUUGUAUUAUUCUGUUGUUUGUUUGGAAAUGUAUUAGUAGUAGUAGUAGUAAUGUUUUGAAGUAGAAAAAUCAUUCCUUCAAUUUUGUUAAUAUUAGGCGAGGGAUGGGAAGGAUCUUAGCUGUACAUUAUUCGAUUUAUCUGAUUCGGCUCUUCUAUAUUGAAAAUGAUGUUUGUAUUGUGCA